UCCGUCAUAUGUUAACCCUAGUACUGUACAUUGAUGUGGUAGUAAAUUCCGUCAUAUUAGCUCAAUACAAACUUUCGUCAUAUGUUAAAUCUGCCAUUGUCAAUUCACGGCUUUCUACUUCUGUUAUAUAGCAGAACAAAAACCCGGCAAAUACACAGUUUUUUUUCUUUUCUAAAAGCGUGUUGACAUGUGAGUCUUCAAUUAUUACUGUCUGACUUUCUGCGACAUUUAACCUUUUACUCUGUAAUAUGACCUAUGAUUUUUUUCCAAAGUGUUUACCCUCCAGAUUUUACUUUCAAUUAUUUUUCUGUGUUAAAGAACCCUCGGGAUUUACAGAAGAAGACAGUAAAGGAUUAAUAAUGGCAGCGAUUCGAGCUUUAAACCCAUUGGUUUGAUUGAGAUUUGGUGUACGGGGGUGCAAAGAGCUCGGCCUGAGAAGCGCGGGAAGCUCAGAAUUGCAGAAAAUAGAUAUGAGCUGAGAUAAAACAAGGAGUCAAGAUUUUUUAUGAAAAUAAAGGGUUUGAAGAGUUAGAGAAAAGUCUCGGGUUUUGAAGAUUAGAGAAGAACACGAGGGCUUAAAAGAUUUUGUAAAAAUUAAGCUUCGAAGAUUUAGAAGAUAAGGAGGGACUUGAAGAGAAUACGAUUAUACAAAGGAAAACAAAUAGAGGUUUUAAGAAAAUCGUGAGCUUCACAGAAAAAGUGAGGGGUUUGAAGAUUUUGAAUGCAUCCAGUGGUUUGAGAAACUGAAAGCUCUGAAAAUUUGCAAGGUGUACAGGGAUUUAAAGAAAUAGAAGAAAACGAAGGUCUUUGAGGAUUUUCAAGGCAUCGAAGGUUUUUGAGAAUUUACAAGAAAACUGAGGCUUACGGAGAUUUUUAUUGCGUCAUGUGCUUAGAUUAAUUGGAAGAAGAUAAAGGUAUUCGUCUUCUUAAAGGCAUUAUGAGCUUUGACAAAUUGAGGGGACAAGGGUUUUGAAGAUUAUCCGUGCAUCCAGUUCUCUGAGAAAUUAGAAUAAAGUGGGGGCAUUCAUUAUUACAAAGCAUCCAUAGCUUUCAAGCUUGCGGGGAAAUAAGGUUUAUAGGGUAUCUGGAGCUUUGAAGAAUUGAUAAAAAUUAAAAUUUUGAAGAUUGUGAGAAAAACGAGGUUUUAGGAGAUUUUCCAGUGCAUUAAAGGAUUUGUAGAAUUAUUGAGGUUUACAACAGGUCCACUGGUUUCAAGAUCUGAAGAAAUCUGGGGUUUUGACAAUUAUGAGAAAUUAUUAAAAAAACUAGGGCUUGAAGAAUUUCAAUGCUUAGAAAAUUUUGAAGAAAACCAGGGUUUUGAAGAUUGUGAGAAAACCGAGGGUUUAGAAGUUUGAGGAGAACGCUGGGGCUUUGAACAAAUGGAUUGUAGGCCGCCAGAUGAUUUCAGGUGCCCUAUAAGCUUGGAACUGAUGAGCGACCCAGUCAUCCUGUGCACAGGCCAGACAUAUGACAGAACGUCCAUACAAAGGUGGCUUGAAUCCGGUAAGCGCACAUGCCCUAAUACCACAAUGCCUCUUCAUGAUACUAAAUUGAUACCAAAUUAUGCUCUUCGUAGCCUCAUAUCACAGUGGGCACAAACCCAUGGUGUGGACUUGAAGCGUCCAGCCAUUUCAGAUGGUGCACAGAGGCACCCGUCCUCAGCUCCCCAUGAAACUAAAAAAAGCCUAGAAAUCCUUGUAAAAACCCUAGCCAAUAACACCAGUAACAAUAAUGUUCUAGUUCAAUCCAGGAGGGACGCUAUAAGACAGAUUCGAACCCUUGCCAAGCAGAGCCGUGAGACUCGGCUCCAAAUUGUGGAAGCUGGGGCUGUGGCUAGAAUUAUACCUCUUCUUUCGUGUAGGGAUUCACAGACUGAAGAACAUGCUAUGGUGGCAUUGUUUUACUUGAGCUUGGAGGAUGAUAACAAAGUUGGUCUGGUUGCUGAGGGUGCUGUAGAUUUGAUUGUUAAUGCACUAAAGCAUGGUUCUAUGGAUACUAGGGCUACUGCUGCUGUGACCCUAACAAGCUUGGCUAUAGUGGAUGUGAACAAGGCAACAAUUGGAAGCCACUCCGAUGCUAUCGGUGCCCUUGUAAAUCUCCUUGUAGAGGGGGAUGCUCGUGCCCGAAAGGAGGCAACUACUGCACUGUAUAGUCUUUGUUUCUAUAAUGAUAACAAGAGAAGAGCUGUCAUGGCAGGGGCAGUGAGCCUGCUAUUGGAGGCUGUUGUCAACUGUGUGGGUGUGUUGAAUGAAUCGGUUGAGAGGCCUCUUGGUCUCCUUAACAUGUUGGCUACUGUAUCAGAGGGGCGGGCUGCACUUGUUCUCCAGAAGGGGAUCAUGGGGAGCAUGGUCAAGGUGCUCAGGGAAGGCACUUUCAGGAGCAGAGAGCAUGCUGUUGCAAUUUUAUCAUCCCUUUGUUGCAAUAGCAAGCAGAGAGCUAUCGAGGCUCGGCAGGCUGGUGUGAUGGAGCAUUGUAGCCAGUUUCUUGAGGAUGGGACACCACGGACAAAGCGUAAGGCAUUGGUUUUGAUGAAGGCUCUGGAGGACACUGUCAAUCAUGGUUUGGGGAGUUGAAAAUGGAGCAAUUGUAGACUUGGGAUUAUUGGUCCAUAAAUGGGUACCAGGAUGUAUAUUAAUUUCCUCAAUCUUGUAUAUCUAAUUACCUAGCAAAAAAAUGGUUGUAAAACAUGGCUGUUAUUGCAUCACAAUUUUCCCUUAUAACAGAGUUAGGUGGCUAAAAACUUUGUACCUUUGCAUUUGUUUAGUGCAUGUUUCAUUGCUUAGUUCAGCAGCAGCAGCAGCAGCAGCAGCAGAAGCAGAUUUGUACAGGAAUUUUCCAUUGUAAUUUACUGCCACGUCUGCUGGAUUUUUUGAAUUUUUCCUUGCUGGAUUUUUUCUUUGUGCAAGAUUUUACACAUUUGUAGUCUUUGGUAUAUGAAACGAAGUUAUUAUUUAGUUGUUGGCUA